AUGGCGGACGUCGUUAAACCAGCUCACGACGGCAAUGGAGUUGGCCGGGAUGACUCCGCCGCCGGUACCAACAUUGAUGACCUGGAAUCCCUCCGCCGGGCCGCCCGGGAAAUACCAUCGGAAGUCCUGAAAGCUUUGCUGCUCAAUGGCGUUUGUGCACGAUGCAUAUUCAGGCUACUUAUUCUUCAUGAGCAAGUAUGUUCUCGUCCUUCUGUGGCAACACCGAUUUUGAAUAAAAUUCUACAUGAAUUAUCAGAACACGAAGAAGAUGGAACUAAUAGUAUUGUCAGAGGAAUGGUUCAAGAUUUUAAGGAGGAUUUUCAAGUUUGCAGGGUCUGUCUAGGCAUCUUGCAGUUUGUAUACAAUAAUGACGACAAGGUGUUGGUGAAAAAGAAUAAUGCUAAUGAGUUUGUUGCUGCAAUAGCAGAUGUUGUGAAGAGAGAAGGCCACCAAGUUGACAGCUUUUCUCUCGAGGUCUCGCUGCCAUCAGCUGUAGUUGAUAACGAUCUGGCAGUUUGGUCAUAUAUAAAAGAGAAGUACGGUUCUCAGCCUUGGUUCCAGGAAAAGAUUCCACCUGAAAGCAUAGUUGUGACAGUGAAGGAUUUCCUGAAACUGUCAGUGGCAAGUCCUUUAGAGAAGUUAUUGGAUGUGAAGUCUAAUGAAAGUUCCUUCAGAAUUCGUUUGACAUACACACUUUCUAAUGCAUCAGCAGAAGGACAGAGGUCUGACGCGAGCAAUGGAAGCUAUAAGAAGAGAAAACUAGAUGACAUUACCUCCGUCAAAAGCAGUGGUGGCUCGUGUGAAAUUGAAAGCCAUGUACCAAGUGGAAAUUCUUCAAUUGACUCACAAGAUGGUGGGGCUGGUUUCUUAGCUUUCCCAAUAGAGAAGGUCAAUCUGUUCUGCGUCCUGAGUUUUCAAUGCUACAAGACUCCAAUCUAUGUCGGUGGGCGAUACCUUAAGUACUCUAGAAAUGUCAGCCAGACUCGUUGGAUUAUUGAUGACGAGCGAAUGGGUGAAGCAUCUGUUGAGGAAAUAGUUGGCGGCAAUAUCCUUCCCAUUUGUCAGGGUGAUAGUUACAAGUUUCAUGCUGCUGGCCGAGAAGAUAUUGAUGUUCGGAUGCUCGGUUCUGGGCGGCCUUUUCUAGUCGAGAUUCAGAAUGCACGCCAAUUUCCUUCUGAUGCGAUAAUAAAGGACAUUGAAAUGAAAAUAAAUAGCCUUGAGAGCCAAUUUGUGAGAGUAAAGAAUCUCAAGUUUUUAGGAAACCAGGGUUGGGCAUUAAUGCGUGAAGGAGAAUCGGAGAAGCAGAAACAAUAUGCUGCUCUUGUUUGGAUUUCCCGUCCUCUUAAUGAUGAGGAUGCAUGUACAUUAUCAUCCCUCAAGGACAUGCAAAUAUUGCAGAAAACACCGAUAAGAGUUCUCCACCGCCGAAGUCCAUUAGGGCGUGAGAAAACCAUACAUUGGAUGAGAAUAGAGAGGAUAGCUGGAAGUUCUCAAUAUUUCAUGCUGCACUUGUGUACACAGGCUGGAACAUACAUCAAGGAAUUUGUUCAUGGAGAUCUUGGGCGCACUCAUCCUAGUGUCGGUUCAAUCCUGGGAUGCAGAGCAGAAAUACUGCAACUUGACGUGACGGAUGUUAAGAUGGACUGCUUCCAGGCCUAG